AUGGGGCUUCCACCCAAGUGGUACCAGUUUCUUGUGGGCCUUUUUGCCUCGCUCGGCUCUGUGACUUUCGGUUACGAUCUGGGUGUUAUUGCCCAAGUCAUCGCGUCGCCUUCAUUCCUAGAAAGGUUUGGUGAUAACCCAGAUGAAAUCGGAGCCAUUGUUUCAAUCUUUACUGGGGGUGCUUUUUUCGGCGCAAUGUUUGCCGGCCCCGUUGGCGACUACCUCGGUCGUAAAAUGACCAUCCUCAUCGGCUCCCUCGUUUUCCUCCUCGGUGGCGGCCUGCAGACCGGUGCGCAAAACAUCAGCUACAUGUACUCGGGUCGAUGCCUUGCUGGCGUCGGUGUCGGCUUUCUCACCAUGAUUAUUCCAUUGUACCAGGCUGAACUCUGCCACCCGAGCAUUCGGGGUCGCGUCACAGCCCUGCAGCAGUUCAUGCUUGGUGUUGGCGCCCUUGUCGCCGCCUGGAUCUCCUACGGCUCAUACAUUGGCUUUGCCAAGACCGACGACAAGCAGUGGCGGGUCAGUCUUGGCAUCCAGAAUGUCCCCGCCGGUAUCUUGGGAACGCUCAUCCUCUUUUUCCCCGAAUCCCCUCGCUGGCUCAUACGACACGGCAGAGUUGAACAAGGCCUCAAGACCUUAGCCAAACUCCACGCUCGCGGGGACGCUUCGGACCCCUGGGUCCGCGCCGAAUUCGACCAGAUCCAGGAGUCCAUCACACUCGAGCACGAAGCCUCGGCAAAGUCCUACGCCGAACUUUUCACAGAUCGGUCCUCCUUCAGGAGGCUGGUUCUAGCGUGUGGGCUGCAGGCUUCGAUCCAAAUGACAGGUGUGAGUGCGAUUCAAUACUACUCUGUGGCCAUCUACAAAAAGGUCGGCAUCGCGGAAGACGAGACAUUGCGAUACCAAGCCAUUUCCUCCGUCCUCGCGCUCGUGGCCCAGUUCCUCUGCAUUCUCUUUAUUGACAGGACGGGCCGAAGGUGGCCGCUCAUCUUUGGAAACCUGGGCAACAUGGUGACUUUUAUCAUUGCCACCAUCCUCCUGGCCCGUUUCCCUCCCGGCUCAGACAAAAGCAACGGUGGCGCGGCUUGGGGCUUCAUUGUCAUCACUUGGCUGUACAACUUUUGCUUCAGCGCUACCUGCGGCCCGCUCUCCUGGAUCAUCCCUGCUGAAAUCUUUGACUUGAAGACGCGGUCGAAAGGUGUCUCCAUCGCGACGAUGACCAGCUUCGCCUUCAACACCAUGAUUGGGCAGACUACGUCGGUGGCGCUUGACGACAAGACCGGCAUCGGGUGGAGGUGGUACAUUCUCUUUAUCGUCUGCAACUUCUCCAACGCCAUCUUCUUCUGGGCCGUUCUGCCCGAAACCGCUAAGCGACCUCUCGAGGAGAUGAAGUACCUUUUCACCGAGGCACCUUGGUUUGUGCCGUCCAUGGACUCUUCGAAGUUUGCUGUCACCGACCUCGACCGUCGUGUUGAAGAGCAGGAGCGUAAGCGGGAAGGCAUGGUCAAUGUUGAGCAUAAGGUCUGA